CUAUAAAGUAGUGUUUAUGUAGCUUGUAACAACAUACUUUUUUUAAUACACUAAUUACAUUUGGUCAAAUAUUCAUAACCUAAUAAUAGUUGUUGACUUCUCCUGAAGUCUCUGAGCUAAAAAUGUGGUUAUUCAUGAGAAUGUUUGGUCUUGUGCUAACAUAUAAGUGAUUUGUGGAGACACAAGUGAUCAUUCAAUUUAUUUUGUUGGAAAAUUUGAUGGGGACACUUUGGUUUGGAGAAAUCAAGAAACAAGCGUCUUUGUUUCUUCAUGACAAGUACAAUGUUGCUAGACUUGUUCUCACCGAUGUUACCGAAACUGAGCUGUUAGUAGAAGAAGUGACAAACGAUGAUCCUUCUUCUCCAGACGCUAAAACGAUGACUAAAAUAGCCGAUGCAUCGUUUAAUACAGUGGAUUACUGGAGAAUUGUGGAUGUUCUUCACAGAAAAAUAGGAAAAGGGGGAGGAGAGAUGAAGAAGUGGAGAGAAGCUUACAAGGCCAUGGUGUUGUUGGAGUUCUUAUUAACACAUGGUCCUCUUCAUUUGCCUCAUGAUUUUCUUUACGACUUGGAUCAUAUUCGUUUCCUCUCAACCUUCCAAUACGUUGACGACAAAGGAUUUGAUUGGGGAGCUAAGGUACAGAAGAAGGCGGAUCAGAUUCAAACACUUCUUCUAGGAAAAGAAGAACUAAGAGAAGCUCGUCUUAAAGCUCUAAAGAUCACCGCCCAAAUCAAUGGCUUCGGAAACUCCGCAUCUUUCUCUGCUCCUUCUCCGCCUCCUUCACCGGCCUCAUCCUCUCCUCUGAAUAGCUCCGGUACAACUCUAACCGAAAGAGAGGCUGUAUCCGAGUCAGAUUCGUUGAUCGGCGAUAAAGACGAGAGGAACCGAACCGCCGGUGAAGAGACACUGAUCAGCGGGAUCUGCUCCAAGCUCGCCGGUCUCAGCCCUCUGAAGAAACUUCACGGAGGUCGUACGGCGGCCGGAUUUCAUGCUUUGUCGAACGUUGAGAGAGUUUCAAGUAAAUGUUAUGACCGCCGCAAUUCUAUUGGCUACUGAUUUUGAUUCUUUGUAAUAAAAAGAAAACGGUUCGGUUUUAAUUUACAUAUUUACCGAAUAUCCGGUUAAAACCGGUUUAUGUAAACCUAAUUACGAUACAAGAAAUUUCGCUUUUGCUAA